CCUUCAUGAGCCAGACUCUGGCCAACCAUUCCUAUGUGGACAUCAGUCAAGUGGGGAGUGAUGGCAGUGCUAGUGACAGUGUUCAGUGUAUCACUGACCUGACCACAUGUUGUAGUACUCAUCAGGGUAAUCAUCGUGGAGACUGGUAUUUCCCUAAUGGAGUUAGACUGUUAUUCUCUAAUAGUGUUGAUGAUAUCUAUGAGCAACGUGUAGCUCAGAGAGUUGAACUAUGUCGUAGGAACAAUGCUAACUCACCAACUGGCAUCUAUCGCUGUGAUAUUUCAACUAAUGCUGUCCAUGAUGAUACUGACAGCUCAGUGAGAGACACACCAGUCUAUGUGGGACUGUAUACUGCCAGUGGAGGAGACAUCUCAAUAUCUGGAGGAGUGACAUUUGACCCUGACCAAGGUACCCUCACCUAUAUCUCCACUGGUGGACCUGCUACCACUGUCACUUGGACCAGAGACUCCACCACUGUCACCCAAGGAACCCAGACUGUGUUGAAUGACCCAGUGACUGCGCAGUACACCCACACUCUGACUGUGACUGGGAGACUGGGAGGACUAUACAAGUGUACUGUGGCUAACAACAAGCCAUCCUCUGCUUCAGCUAGUAUCACCCUACAAGGUGAAUUGGAAACUGCGUAGUGGGACCUUUAGGUCUCCUGUGCCCAUACCAUUUCAAAGGGGAGAAAAACAGUCUGGUAGUUUGAGUGG